AUGGACCUUUUGGACCUCUACCACGCGCAUGACCUUUCCCUGGAAACCGAGUACGACGUCGAGUUCAAGAAGGAGGAAAUCGUCUUCGACAAUGAAGCUUCUACAAAACAGUCGACUCCAGAAGGAAAGAAGGUCAAGAAGCCGAAAUUCGUCCCCUGGGAACCGUACAAGGCUGCUCCCAGUGCUGACAGGUACUUUUCGUCUUUUUGUUUUGUUUUUGUUUUUUAUUUUUGGUUGAGUGUUUAUCCAGCUGCUUUGGGUGUUUGGGCAAUCAGUUGAGGAACGGUUUUGAAAUCGAUUUGUUUCGUGUGUUUUUUAUACUUUUUUAAAAAUUAUUCCUAUUGCUUGUUUGAUGAAGAGCUUCAGAGUUGUUUGUAAGAUAAAUUUAUUGAUUUUCCAGUAACUUAAAAUUUUUUAGUUGGAGAUUUUCAUAACUUAGUUCAUUCUUCUUAUAAUAAAUGCUAUACAAAGCGAUGUUUAUUUGAAAUUUUCGAUAUUUUGAAUAAUUCAUCAUUUAUCUCUUGAGGGUCCCAUUUGUGGUCUUUUUUUAAAUGCACACAUUUAUCCUUGAAAAAAAGGCCCAUUCUUUUUAAAGAUCUUCUUUUUUUUCUUUUUUUCUUAUUUUUCUUGCUGAUCAAGAAAAGGAAUCGAACUUAUGACCUUCUGAAUCCCAUCUGGAAGCGAACUCCAAUAGAUUAAAGUCGCAAAAAUAUAAAAAAAAUCACUAAAAUGAGCUAUUUUUUUUUAAAGGAGAGGCGAGUGUCCCGAGAAGCUGCCUCAGCUGAUCGCCUACCCGAGCGAGAAGGUCCAGAAGAUCAACAACAACAACGAGAACGAGGUGGAGACGAAGCGACUCGUCGACAUGCGACGUCUCCGACAGGAGCAGUCCAUCGACGAAGCUUCUCACACGGAUAGGGUCAGUUUUUUUUAGGGUAACUGAUUGAAAAUUUCUUUAAUAAGACCCUCCCCUAUAACUUAAAAUCACUAUGUUAGUCUCUUUUACCUCUUAAUUCCUCUUAUUCUCUCGUACCUCUUAGUUUCUCUUAUUCUCUCGUACUUCUUAGUUUCUCUCAUUCUCUCGUACCUCUUAGUUUCUCUCAUUCUCUCCUACCUCUUAGUUUCUCUUAUUCUCUCGUACCUCUCAGUUUCUCUUAUUCUCUCGUAUCUCUUAGUCUCUUUUAGUCUCUCGUACCUCUUAGUUUCUCUUGUUCUCUCUUACCUCUCAGUUUCACUUAUCUCUCGUACCUCUUAGUUUCUCUUAUUUUCUCGUACCUCUUAGUUUCUCUUAUUCUCUCGUACCUCUCAGUUUCUCUUAUUCUCUCGUACCUCUUAGUCUCUUUUAGUCUCUCGUACCUCUUAGUUUCUCUUAGUCUCUCGUACCUCUCAAUCUCUCUUAAUCUCCUUAACUUGCUAUUUUCACUCCUCAUAUUUCAAUCAAUUCAAAUUUUUCUAACCUUCCCAAAUUUCAUCAACGAAUACUGAAUUUCUUUCCAGGAAAUGCGGCUAGAAGACGAACUGAACAAGGUGCGAGAAGAGCUGACGAUCGAGAAGAAGCUGAACCAAGAACUUCGAAGGUUAAUGGUCGCAACUUUGAGCGAUGAGCUCCAGGGACAAGUUGAGGCUCUGACGGAGGAUAAGGUCCGGUUGGCUCAUCGGGUCGAUGAGUUUAUGGAAAAGGUUUGUGAAGGAAUCGAAGGGUUGGAAAAAAUAAAGAAGAAACAGCAUGGUUCCAAGGGACUUAUGGACUUCAGAGUGAUCCAUUGAAGGUUCCCCUCUAGGGACCACUUUACCCACCCUUAUAGGGAGCACUUUGGAAUUACUAAAAAGAGAUCCGCGCUUGAAAAUCAAUAUUUAUAGAAAUAGCUUAAUGGAAUCAAAUUUUUUUUUGACUUUUAUCUUUCAAAUACUCCCAGUUUCACUAUCAUUGAGUUUUUCCGAUGGAAAAUAAUUUCCCUUUCCAAAAUCUCUUAAAUGAAACCCUGAUAUGCACUAGUAGAAGCUGAAAUUCUAUCAGUUAUUGAAAAAAAUAGUAUUCAAAAAGUCCAGGAAGUUACCGGAAAAAUUGAGCUUUAUACAAGAAAAAUUAGGAUCAAGAAAGUAUUUAUUUUUUUUGAAAAAAAUAUUUUUUUAAUGAAAAAAAUUACCGUUUCCUAGGCCGUUUUUUUUGAGUUUCAACGGUUUUUUUCGAAUAAAGUCGUAGCUCAUCCCGCCACCCUGUUUUUAAAAAUAUAAACUUUUUUUGUAAUAUAAAUCGAAAAACCUUUUUCAUUCCCAGGCGCCUUCAAAGAAUAUAACCUAUAUAGAUGAUUAACGGCUGGCUUGAGCCAUCGAGAAAAGGGUCCUGCCACGAAAAGAGACGAGACAGUGCCUGGUUGGAGGAGAGUGCAAACAGGCCACGCCUUUUUGCGUCCUAAGCUAGCCGUGAACCGUCUAUAACAAGAAGAAACGGUUCUUUCAGCUGAUGGCGGACAACGAAGAAGCGGAACGGCUUCGGAUCGACUGCGACGUUUGGAAAUGCAAGUUCCUGGCGCAGUCGAUCCGCUGCGACGAGCUCAACGGCAAGAAGGAAGCUUUGCUCAGAGCUCUUCUCAAUGCUCAGAGGAUCGUCAGGGAUUCAAAGUGAGAUCAUGUUAUUUCGUUUUUGAUUUCAAGGCUGAAUGGUUGCAAAUGUGAUCUCAAUGAACUAUCACUUGAUCUACGAUUCAAGCUCUUUGAAACAUUUUUGAAACAGAAAAGUGGCGAAAGCCGCGACGCGGCCCAAGGUCGGAAUAUCAGACCAGCUUUUGAAAAACACUCAAGUCAGUCAUGCUUACAGUUUCAGUAUCCGAUCAAAAAGUUUUCACGUUUUCAACUAAAAAUAUUAACGUCAGAUUUAAAUAAAAAAAUUUUUGAUGGUAUGAAAAAAACAGUUGCGAAAAAUUCAAACGGCGACUUUUUCCGAUUUUUUUCGUAUCGCUAGGGAACUUUCCGAAGAAUCUUUUUUUCGACUUUUUCUCGAUAAAAUCUUCGUUUUAAAUCAUCCUAUAUAAAGUAGGUAGUUGGUUCAUGAUUAAAACACAAUGAAAUAAGAAAAAAAAAAUGUUAAUAGAUGUUUUAUAAACCGAAAAAUAUAUAGGAAAAAAAGUCGGAAAGUUCCCUAGCGAUAGGAAAAAAUCGGAAAAGUCAUCUUUCGAAUUUUUGACGGUCUUUUUUUCAUCCCACCUAAAAAACACUCAAGCCAGUCAUGUUUACAGUUUCAGUAACGGAUCAAAAGUUUUCACGUUUGUAUUCGAAUAAUAACGUUGGUUUUAAAUGAGAAACCUUUAAAAUUUUGAAACCAAAGGAAACCACUGGCUAAAAAAAUAAUUAAAGUUUUUAUCUUUUCAAUGAGCGUUUUAUUCUUCGCGCGACCACCUGAGAUUCAAUAUCGUAUAUUCUUUUCAUGAAUUUGAUUUGAAACUUGUACCUUUUUUCGUCCCUUGUGAAGACUGUUUUUCCCCCAAGCCCUCUAGGGACCACUCUAGCGCUUCUAACUGAGCCUACAUCUUAUAUCCUUUUUUUGAACUGAAACUUUUACUGAGCUUCUAUAUUUUUUUCCCCACAAAUCAACUGAAUGGCCAUCCAUUUUUCACUGAACUUCCACAUUUUUUUUUUCAAAAAAUAAGACUUUACCUUUCCAGCGCGACCACAGAAGAAGCCCUGACCUUCGCCUCGGCGGACCUCCAGCCACUGUUCGCCCGAACUCCUUGCGAAGAUCGGGUCCGUCGGCCCGCCCCCCGGUUUUCCAACGUCACCGUCGCCUGCUGCAAAUCCUGUGCUGGUCGUGAAAUCAUUCUACUGUAGGAUACUGUAUCAUACAUUGCUUUUUCACUUUGUCUAACUGGUUUUUUUCAUUUUCUGAUGGUUGUUACUUCCCUUCUCUUGUGAUUGUCACUUUUAUGGGUACGAGUCAGUAUUUUGAAUAGCAUUGGCAUUGAUGAAACAUUUUUAUGGAUUAUAAUAGCAUGAAAAAAAUACUCAUAACAUUAGAAAAAAAUAGAAAAUAUUAAAAAUCGAGUCAACGAUUAUUGGUUCUUUCUGGAUUCAGUUGAAAAAAAUAUCAUAUUUAAUUUUUUUGAAUUUUUUUGAAUUUUUUUUUUUUUUUAAUUUUUCUUUCUAGUCAUUUUUUUCCACACUGAAACUUUUCAAACUCCCAUUUUUCCAGUCCUAAAAAGCCGCCGAUAACUACGGUUUAAUUUUUUUCCUGGAUUCUUUUUUUGAAUCUUAAAACUAUCAGAACCAACUCUGAAACUUCUCAAAAUCGAAUUAUAAAGUGAGGAAAAAAAUGGCCAGUUAGAAUAAUUUAUUAUUUUAUCUUCAAAAUACCUUUAGAACCUUCCCAAGGCCUUUCCAAGGCUUUGUGGCUUUCAUUUAUUUUCCAAAAUCUUCCCAAAACCUUCUCAGGAUUCGCCUGGUCAUAAAGAGACUAGAAAAGCCAUCUCGAAUUUUUUUUUAAAUUUGAAACCUCUUUUCUAGCCUUUUUUUUCAAACUGAAACUUCUCAAACUCUAAUUUUCCAGUCAUAAAAAGCCGCCGGAACGGGUAUUUUGGAGAUAAAUACGGUUAUUAGGCUGGCGAAGGUCGCGCCGGGGUGAUUGUUUUCGGCGUUCCGCCGCGACUUUUUGGCGCCACUCCUGCUUUUUUUCGUCUUUUUUCUGCCUCAUCCGCGCCUCGGCAGCUGUGGGUUCUUUUUCGAAACGGCAGGUCAACAGAGAAGUUCUUUGGUGGCUUUUUCUUUUGUUUUAUCGAGGUUGAUCAUUGGUGUGACUUUUCGGCGAGUGAACUUUGGACUUUUUUCUGUUGGUUUUUUUCCCUCCACAUUGUAAAAUGAUAAAAAAGGACUUGUUAAUCCAAUUUUAAAAGAAUAGUUCCUCGAAAUUUUCGGAAGCUCAAAAAAAUUUUGAAGCGGCUUUCUGAAGAAAAAAAAAAUGAUUUUGAAGUCCUUAAAAAAUUCAAAAAAACUUAAAACUUCAUGUGUAUUCUUUUGACUUCAAAAGUGGAAUUUUCAGGAAAAAAACUUUUUGGGAAUCGGUUUUUUUGAAGAACUGAAACCAUUCAAAAAGUCUUCUCAAAUCGAACAUUUUAAGUUCAAAAGAUUAAAAAUCAGCUUUUUAACAAAUAAAACUGAUAUAAAGUUUCCAGAAAAAAAUCAAAUACAUUUUCAACAUCUUAGAAAUUUUUUUAUCUUUCCAAGGGACAUUUUGGGGCACAAAAAACUUGAAAAUCGACUUUUUGAAGAGCAAAAAUAUCAAUUUUCUCCCAAAAAAAUUCCUCAGAGAGCUUCUUCUAAUACUCUCUCAAUCACUAAACUCCUGAAAAACACGUCCCACUACUUUUUCUUCUGACUCCUUCUUCCUCGUCUCCCGAUCCAAUAACCGAUUUUUGCGAUCAGCUAUCUCGGCGCCAAAGACCGGAAACAAAAUCGUACAUAAUGACGAUCGGAAUCGUCAUUUUUUUCAAGAGUCUGUCCAUAAUCAUUUUUAUCAGAGAAACUUCCUUUUCAGCCGAUAAUCUUGCCAUUCUGCAACGAUUAGCAAGUUGAUCCUAUUAGUUUUUUUUUUCUCUCGAGUCGAUUUCCAUAUGAUUUUUCCGUUUUGCGAAAGCACUUUCAAUUUUGAAAAUGGAGAAAUAAAAACAAUUUUUUUGAAUCGAUUUUAAAGAAGCUUUUGAAAAAUCUCAAAAACUUUGAAGAGCGAAAUAAAUACGAUUUCGAUUUAAUUUGAGAGUUUAAAAAUUUUUUUCAGAAUCAAAGAUAAAUAGAAAAUCAAAAAUCGUAAAUUCCGAACUUUCAAAAAAAUUAUUCUUAGUUUCCAAAUCAACCAAAAACCGGUAAAAAAAUCUUUAGGAAAGUGGAUUUUCUUCCAAAUAUCAAAUUUUUUCGUUUUGGCAAGUAAAAACUGAAAAAAAGUCUCUUCACCUCUAUCUUCGUAAAAAUCGUCAAACGCGCUCCAGCGAACUAGGUAUCUGAUUGGCUCUCCCCGCCUACUUUCGAUUUUCUUUUGCGGUAAAAACAGAAAAAAAGCUAAUAUAUACGAAAAAAACGAAAAAAAUGCUAAAAAAAUUCAUGAAUUUUUCUGAAAAAAAUUUCUGUAAACUCUCUCAAUUUUGCACGCUAUUUCCAUCAAAUUUAAGCUUUAUCGAGAGAAAUAACGUAUUCCUCGAACUUCAGGAGCUUUCUGUGUCUGUUUCAAGUACUUUUAUUUACUCUUUUACAAAAAAAAAAUCCUAAAAACCAGCCCAAAACCCCUAGAAACGAAAAUUGCAAGAAAAAAGGCCCAGGAUCAGCUGGAACGAUGCCAAAUCGCCUCGCGCGGCUGGCACUCUGCCACGGCAUAGAAACUUUUUUCAGUGCGCGCGGAUCAUUCGCGUCUGACCGUCUGGGGCUCUCCUCGAACUGCGCACUGUCUCGUCCCUCCAGGCCACGCCCAUUCCGUUCCUUCGCACAGUGAUAACCCAACAGCACCAACCCGUCGGCCAUCGAUUUUCAGGCCUUUUUUCUUGCAAUUUUCUGUUUUUCUCUGGUUUCUACUAGGUGAAAUUGAUAGUUUUUGUGAAAUUAAAGGCUUUCUGCAGCCAAUUUCGACGGUAAAUCGUGUCGAAGUUGUACUAAAAACGCUUUUUUUUCUUGCAAUUUUCUCGUUUCUCGGGUUUUUAUUCAGUGUAAUUGAUUUUUUUUAAAUAAACUACAUGUUUUUUUAUUCGAUAAAAUCAACAGUUUUUCGAGAUAAUACAACUUUCUGAAGUAAACUGACAGCAAAUCGUUCAGAAAUUUCAUUCCAAUAGCUGAAAAUUGUGUUCCUUUUUUCUAUUUCUCUGAUUAAAAUUAAUUCUCGCAGUUGAUUACUUUAACUCAAUGAAUAUUCAGCUGUUUAUCGCCUUAUUUAAACUUUUAAUGAAACUGAAAGGUCAUUUUCGCAUCACAUAUUGUUUCGCAAUUCUCAAAAAGCUGUUUGAUAAACAAAAAAGGCAUUUUUCCGAGGUCGAUCAAGAAAAAUCGUUCAAUUUCUCAAAGAAAAAGAGUUUAUCACUCAUUUUUAAAACUUAGAUUUUCUGCCAAUUCGUUUUUUCGUUGAAAAAUUAGAAUUAUUAACUUGAUUAAAGAGAAAAAAAUUUAUUUGAAACCAUUUUCUUUUUCUUCUGAUUCUUCUCGACUUGGGCUUUUCGUUCAUUCCUUCAUGGGGUUUCCUUGCUAAUUUCCAUUCAUAUUCAAAUUUUACUGUAAUUUUAUUUUUUUAAAAAGUUAGAGUAGUGAAAAAUUACCCUGACUGCCAAUUUGAAUGAAAAAAAUUAAAAAAAGAAAUUCAAUUUUUUUCGUUAAAAAUUUUGUUUGAGACAUCAUUUUACGUGUGGAAAAAGGAAAAAUAAACUAUCAAAAAUUGAGUAAGCUUUUAAAGAGUUUUUCUCUUUCAAGCAGCCUUCAAAAACGCAACAUUCGUUCGAAAAACAAUUUUUCUAUAUGAACGAAAUUUUUCAAAAACUUCAGCAUUAUCAUUUUUCCUCCAUGGAGUACUAAUUACUGAAAUUUCCAUAUAAUUUACUUUUUUUACUUAUCCUCUACUUCAAAAUUAUGAACUUUUAUUCUUAUUUUCCAUUAAAUUUUUUUCCUUGUUUUCACAGCCACAGCAUUCACUAAAUGACUACACUUUUCAUUUCAAAUUUAUCUUUUUUUUUUCAAAAUCAUCGGUAUUCUCACUUUUUUGAUGCCCUUUCCGGCGGCGAAAAUCAACUCCGACUUAUCAACUAUUUGUCAGAAUUUUUUCUUUUUCGAUGAAGCCUUUUCCAACUUCAUGAUUCGGUUGAAAAAAAAAAUCAUUUUUGCCUCUAAUUUCUGUUUAUCGAAUAAAACUACCAGAACCCAGUUCAGGCCAUGUCAAGAAAACUUGGUUUUAUAAUGAAUUUCACAAAAAUCGCAAGACAAACGAUGGACACAAAUUUCUUUUCUCAACUUUUUUUUCCGGUUUGAGGAUAAGGAAAUUUUUAAAAAUUAUACACUGCUUCCAAUAAGUUUCAAAGAAACGCUGUUCUUAUCUUUUUUGAGCAGAAUUUUUUCUUAGACCGUAUGAUUAGUUAAGAUUUUUAAGCCACCGGCUGGGAGUUGCGGAAUAGUAAAAAUUCGCUUUUUUGAAGUAAAUCUUCUAAAAAUCAUGUCGCUGUAACGAUUCCUAUUCAGUCCAGGCCAUGUUCCAAGUUUCUAAAAGCCUCUUUUUUUAAGAAGUCUACCCAGUUGGGAAGCUAAGAUUAAUGAGAAGUAUCCUUUUCAUACAAACCACCUUACUACUACGGAAAAUAGUAUACCUCUCAAAACCAAGUCGCUUCAAAGAACACCACCAAGAUCCAGUCCGGACCAUGUUCCAAGUUUUAAAGAAACGUGCUAUUUUCGACUGUCUUCUCCAAAAGAAGCCCAUGUGACGGACGGUCCGACGAGGAACGUCGUCACCGGCGAUCCAACACAUCCAUCACCUCCUCGGCCUGUCAGUCGCAUCAGCUCCUUCGCUUGUCACCGUCGGCCCGAAAACCUCAUGUUUUUUGCUUGGCUCUUCUCCUUUUUUUUGGUUCUUGUUCGCUCCGACUAUCAGCAUGAGCCAUCAAAAGGAGGCCACACAUACAGUUUUCGAAAAAAAGAAGAAAGGGGCGGAUCCGGCAGUUUGGACCAUUUUAAAGCGUCGCCAACCCCUUCUUCCGCAAAGCCUAACUAACUACCUAACAAGAGACCUUUUUUGGCAGUCGAUUGAACUUCUGCUGUAACUAGCCUGAAGUGACUACCCUUGUUCCAAGCCAGAAUAAACUUCUAUCAUCAUAAUUCUUUUUUCUGGCUCCCCCAUUCCAAAUUUUGCAGGCUACACGAACUUUGAAGGGUUUGAAGCUUUUGAAUCCUCAUUUAAAAUAAAGUCUAAUGCAAGAAAUUUUCUUUUCUUGUUUUGAAAUCAGGAGAUCAUAUGAUCUUCUUCAGUUCCACCAUGGUCCAUCGGCCAAUAAAAAUCCCGUGUAAAGUGAAACUUGAAUUUAUUUUCGUCAACACUACCUCGCUCACAUGGAGAUCUUUUUAUCUAGCCCUUUGGAAUUUUCUGUAAAUUCGCUCAAAAAUCUUCGAUGGACUGGGAAUAAAACCCACUGCCUGUGCAAACUAUUAUUUUUUUUUAAUAUGAAUUUUUAAAGCUUCAGACCUAACUCUUGUUGAACGCGAAAUUUGAAAGUUCAUAUCCCUAAAACUAUAAAUCCAAACAGAUAACGACCACACGGUUUGAUUCACAGUUCAUUAAAAAUUUAUUUUAGCAAAUUUACAGGUAAAUCUAAAAGACUAGGUAAAAGGACACCCCAUGGGAUAUAGUGCUUGACUUUAUCCUUUCCUCCUGUUCUUCUUCUUCCUUUGUACCAUUUGAAGGAUCCUCAGUUGAUUAGCCGAGGUCCUUUUCCGAUAUCCGUGAUGGUCAGUGCACUGGCUCUAGUGACAUAUCUGUCCCUGUGUGAGCUGCGGAUCACAGAGCCGUGGCUUCCCGCAAAACUAACCCCUUGGUUGAGCCGUGGUGGGGAUCGAACUUGUGACCCUGUGGACCGUAGAUAGGUCCACAACCUGUUGCGCUACAGUCGCAUUUUAAUUUAAUAUUAAUUUUACGAUAUUCGUAACAACAUCCCUCAAGUUCUUUACUCGUUUCGAAAGUAAUUUCGCGGUUUGAGGCGACGCCGACGGCCGCUAUGAGCUCCGACGCUUCCGUCGCCAGCUCCUCGGCUCCAUUCUUCCCCGCCGACGCCGCCUCCUACGCGGACGCCUCCCACGGACUCAUGGUGAGUCAGCUGUUUUUCCAACCUUGGCAUCAAGAUAACACGAGCCAAAAAAUAAAUUUACGAUUCCAUCGUAUUAGGGAAUCGAAGUUGAUUGAUUUAGACAACCAAAAGUACAAAAUAGGUGCCUCGAAAAAUCUUCAAAAAGCUUUUUCAACUCUUUCAACGGGGUUAAAGUUUUAAGAGAAGAAGUCACUGAAACUCCAAAAAGCUCAAGGAGAAUCGCUACUUUUUUUAAAAAUUAAAAAAAUGCUACUCUCUUAAAUCUUUCUACCCAUUCUCUAAAUGCCCAUUCAACAGAACUUCCCGAAUAUCUCCAACAUUUUCCAGAGCCUGUACCCCCAAAUGACGGCGGGCUACCCGGCCAACCUGCUGUGCAGCAUGCCCCCGCAGUACUUCAACUACUCGAUGCCGGGCCAGGGGCUUCUCGGACCGGCGCCGGACGUUCAGUUCGCGUUCAACGCGGCCGCCGCCGCAGCCAUGCCGAGUCACGCUUAUCAGAGUUUGCUGCAACUGCCGACGGUGACUCACGCCGUCAGUCCGACUCCGGUCGCCUCGGCCUCCGCCUCUUCCAGUCAUUCGAUGACCAGCGCCGUCGACUCUUGCCAGCAGAUCGCCCACGUCUUGCAGUGCUACCAGCAGGUCAACUAUGUUAUAAUAUUUUGUUCCCUUGUUCUAUAGUCUGUGUACCACGACUUGAAAUUUCACCAAACGACAUUCCGCUGUUCCACUGCGUGCGUACGCGAAGCGUCUUUCGAAUCUAGGUAACGCUUCCAAAUGGUUGUUAUUGCUGUGGCAGCCCAUGGAAGUAGAGUACCUUUAUAAAAGAAAAAAAGUUAAAAGCGCGACCAAGGUUCGCAAAGGCGCGAAGCGGCACAGCGGAACGUCGUUUGGUGAAAUUCCAAGUCGUGGUACACAGGCUAUACUAUAAAGCCCCUCCAACUUUCAUUUCCCAACAUGGAAAAGAUUCAGGGCGGAGAAGACACCGAGUUCGUCCGCAAAGCCAUCGAGUCAUUGGUGAAGAAGCUUAAAGACAAGCGGGUCGAGCUGGAUGCUCUUAUCACGGCUGUGACCUCAGCUGGCAAGCAGCCAACCUGCUGCGUUACUAUCCAGGUAAGGAUCUCACAAAUAGUUAUUUUUUUACCGUUUUAUUUUGUUAUUUCCGUUACUGUUUGUGACUUCAUUACAUAAUGUUUUCUGUUGUGAACUUUUCCACCUUUUUCUGCUUUUCCUUGUUUUCUUUUAAUCUUCUAUUCACAAAGAUAUAGCCGAUUUGAUUGUCUGUCUGCGCUCUCCAUAAACCAGGCACUAUCUCUCUUCUUUUCGUGUCAGGACCCAUUUUUGGGUGGCUCAAGUCAUCCUUUCCAUUCUCACGAUUUCAAAGGUUUCGAACAACUUUUUUAUUCUUUUCGCUGUGUUUUUAUAUUAUUUCGAAACUUAUCUGCCUUCUAGCUUGUCUUAUAUUUUUUCUUUUCAACAUUUUUCAUUAUUUCCUUUCAUUUUUAAGUUAUAACUAAUCAUCCUCCUUGCUCUCCAUACUUAAGCUCAGUAUUCUUUUUUAAACAUUAUUUGAACAAUCAGUGGUCUGUCUAAUCAUAUUUUUCUCCUCUCUUGAAAAUGUUUCUAUUUCUAUCCGACCUUAUUUUUCUUUAAGAACAUUUUUUUCAUUAUUUCCUUUUAUUUCCAAGUUGUAACUGAUCAUCCUCCUUGAACUCCUCAUACUUUAGCUCAAUCGUUUUUUUCAGAUUUUGAACAGCUUUUGUAUAACUUUAGCUGUACUUGUUUUAGCUAUUUUGAGCUUUUAUUUUAAGAUUUUUCUCCUCUCUUGAACAUUUUUCAAACAUUUUUCAAAGAUACCUCGUUCAGCGCUCUCUCGACGGACGUCUACAAGUGGCGAAUCGGAAAGGAGUCCCCCACGUCGUCUACGCCCGCAUCUGGAGAUGGCCCAACGUCAACAAGAACGAGCUGGUUGUGAGUUUCUACAAGAUUCCUAGUUAUUUUUAAGAAGUGCACAAAAAAAACCUAGUCUAUGUCCGAAUAUUUAUCAGUAAUGCGCUAUUUCCAGUCGAGGAUAAUUUGAAUUUUUGAAUUUUUCAAGCUUCAACUCACGAAAUGUUCUAGAAACUGGCCCAAUGCCAAACUCCAUGCGAUCAUCAGGACCACAUUUGCAUCAACCCGUAUCAUUACGAGCGUGUCGUUUCUAGUGGGAUGUCUUCUUUGGGUUAGCCCAUCUGAAAAUAAAAAAAUCAAUAAUUUGAUUUGAAGAAGUGAAAGGCCUGAACGUGGAGAUGCCGACGGCGUUCAAGACGGCCCAAUCUUCGGCGUCAGCCGCCUCUUCUGCUCCAGACUUUCUCGAGAUGGACUUUGCCGACUCGGUUCAACACCAGGGUUCGUUUCUGAACAUACAGAAAUAAUUUCGAGCAUAAAAUGUUCAUGCAAAGAACCGUCAUAGAGUGAUGAACGUAACAGUUUUUUCGAAGGAUGAGAGAAUACGAAAUUUCUCGGAGAUUUCUGAACAUUUUUUGGUGUUUUCAAAAUUUAAGUGUACUCACUGGUUAGUUUAAAAAGUUCAAAAAAUUCCAGAUAUUACGAAAAUUUUGAAUUUCGCGCGUAAAGGUCGCCAUCAAAAUGUAGAACCGAACUUUAUUUUCACGGCUUUCAAAUUAUUUGAGAUAAGUCGUUUGUUUUAAUAUUUAUAUUUAUGAAAAAAAGAAAGGAUAACUGUAAAUGGUUUCAAUUUUUGCAUGGAUCAUUCUUAAAGAAAAAUAUGUCCAAUUUGAAAUCAUCAAAAUAUCUCUCAACGUUCAGGAAAAGCUCUGUAAAUUCCGAAAAAAAAGUCGAAAAGAAAAAAAUGAUCUUCUUUCGUAUUCUGAACUAUUUUGUUUAUUAUUUUCUAACUGUAUGCAGUGAAUAAACCUAUGAAAUUGAAAUGAUCAGUGAGGUCAAAAAGAGAGCGACGCUAGAAACUGGCGCCAAAAAUGAACUCUGUUAAAAAAUAGAGCAAAAACGCUGAUUCCGAUGUACAUUUUGUAGCCCAAAAAAGAAUUUUAAAACCCGCAGUUUGCAAAAAAAAAAAGUUUUAAAAAAGGUUUAAAGCGGAAAAAUGAAAAAUUUUCUCAUCAGGACAGCUCACAGGGGGACUUCUGACUGAGACCAUGUUUUCUAGAUGUAGUUUUUUAAGCUGAUUUCAGAUCUAGUUUCAAAAGUUGCCCAAUACGUCUGUGAAAAAAGUUAGAGUUUCUCAAAGUUCGAAAAUUUCAGUGUCUCUGAUUGAGCUUGAUUUUGGGGGUAUGUAGAUUUAGCCCCUCUGGUCAAUAUUUAUUUCGUCACAUCAACUUUUUAUACUUUUUUCAAACGGGAGUCAAAUUUCAAACUUAUUAACUUCAGGUUUUGGCGAAUGGCCUCCGGGUAGCAGCAAGGAAAUUUUCGGAUGUGAGGGAAGACCUCAAACUUCUUGGAACUUCCCAAGUUCUUCUGGGUUUGCCAACCAGCAAUUGCAGUUUCCGCAAAUGAGUGAGUUUUUCUACAAGUUUUAUAAUUCUUCUUACAGAAUACUUUUGAAAAAAUAUAAUAUAAAGGCUCUGAUUGAUAUAAUCUUCAUGAAAAAUAUGGAAAAGUUUGCUUUUUAGGGGCUAGAAAACACCUUCGAAAAAAUCCAGCUUCUCAUGUUUUACAAGACUCACAGAGCUUCAUACGAAAAUUCACAGAAUUUUUUUUUGAUACCUGAACUUUUUGGGCCUUUUUUAAAGUUAAGUUUGUGAUCUCAAAACCAGCAAGAUUCAUCACAAAACCACCCAAAAUUCAAUUUUUCAAAAAUAUUCAUUUUUCAGUCGAUCUCAACCAAAUCGCUGUGCCUCCUUCUUCACAGCGUAAGUUCAUUAAAAUUUGAAAAAUUCUCAAAAAAAAAUUUGCAGCUCUGGAACACUGGUGCUCAAUAAUUUACUAUGAACUCGACACGCAGAUCGGCGAGACUUUCAAGGUUUUGGGAUUAUUUUGAAAAUUGUUACAUUUUUAUGAUUAAGGCCAGUACGACGAAACAUCCAAAAGUGGUGGUGGAUGGCGGAAUGAAUCCUCACAGUGAAAGGGCGGGAAGGUGAGUUCAAAAUCAUAAAAAUAGUUCAUUUCUCUCACAGAGAAGUAGCAAAAGUGGCCCCUACGGGGGCUUGCCAGUCGAGUAUUGUUAUGAACUUUAUAAGAAGAAGCAUCUCCAUGCUAAAAAUUAAUCAAAAAAAAAAGCUUGGAUGGACUUUGAUAAAGCAAACUGAAGUUUCUGAGCAUCAGGAGGGGUUAAGCCACUAAAGCGACCCCUAGAUUUGCUCAGCGUUAGCAUUACCGAGAAGUUCCGACAAAGUUUUUUUUGUAGUUCCCUUCAUUUAUUUGCUAUGUAGGGAGCUAUAAAAACGUUUUCGGAACUUUUCGGUAAUUCUAACCGGACGCUAAGUAAGUUUAGGGGUUGCUUUAGUGACACCACUUAAGUGAUCCCUUGAAACGUUCAGAAACUUCGGGUCGCGUCUGGUUUGCGUUAUCGAAGUCCACCUAAGUUAUUUUUCCUAUAGGGGACACUUUUGCAAGCUUCAGGGGCCAUUAUAGUAGCUCGGACAUUGGUAACGCGAAACGGACGUUUCUGGGCGAUUCUAGGGUUCCUUAAGAGUGCUGAGGCUACUAAAGUGGUCACUAGAAAUGCCCCGACACGUCCGAUUCGCGUCCCGUUCGCGUUAUAAAGGACCGAGAGGCGAAGAGGUCCCUAGAGGGGAAUCUUCAUAAGCCCCUAUAGGAACUAUUCUGAUAUUUUGCAUUAUUCCUUUUGCGAAGCGAUCUAGCUUUGCCUUGGAUAUUUCAGAAGCACAAAAAAAAAAUCUUAUUACAGAUUCUGCCUGGGAGCCUUAUCCAACGUGCACCGGACCGAAGCCAGUGAAAAAGCCCGGAUUCAUAUCGGAUCCGGGAUCGAACUGCACGCUCUACCCGACGGAAACGUCACACUUUCCUUCACGAGACCUUCAAACUCGCCGCCAAGUCGGUGCAAAAUCUUUGUCCGCUCGGGAUUUCUGGACUUUUGCCACGGGGUCGAGUACGGCAGUAAGGUUAGUGCUUUCGAAAAAAAUCGAGUAUUUUUUUCGUUUUAUUCGAAAUUGUAUUUUUGUGAGGGGGGUGGAGCUUUGGAGAGAAGAUCAAAAAUUAUAAAAUUUUUUUGAAUGAUGAUUUAAUAAAUCAUACUUUUUUUCAGGUUCACCGGUUCACCGCCUCCAAUCAGACGACGACGGUUUGAACAACUUUUUCAAACUAAAUGAAUUCUUUGAUUUUAUAGGUAUUCGACUUGAGAUGGGCCUUUAUGCAGAUGAACGCGAGAAGUAAGACUUCAAAUGAAGCUGUUCGAGCUCAAGCCGCCGCGGUUGCUGGAUAUGUUCGCGCUCCACAGGUUCUUUUUCGUUUUUUCGACACUUACAAAGUGCAAAAAUUGGAAAGAAUCUACUUUAAAAAACCAACAUGAUGAUAAUAAUUAAAAAUUCAUUUGUUUUAAAUUUUGAAAACUGAAUAAAAUCAAGUAAAGUGGAACCUAAUUGGUCAUAAAAAUUGAAAUUCCAGUCAAUAAAAAGUAUCUAAACUCAAAAAGACAUCUGAGCGAUACUGGAUCCACUAAACGUAGUUUCUCACGCUUAAUUCGAAUAUGUGUCCAAAAAUUGAAUACGACUCUGAAAAAGUUCUAGGCCCUUGAAUUUGAAAAAAAGGAUUUACCAAAUCUGUAGAAAAUUUUUAAAGCAAAGUAACUUUGAAGAUUCAUAUCUUGAUUCAAGAAUGUUUGAACGAAAAAAAUAGUCCUAAAAAUAUUCAACCGUGAAAGAAGGUUCUAUUGCUAAGAAAAACUUUAAAAAGUCGAAAAAUUAGAAAAAAAAACUGCCAAGAAUAUUUUAAAAAACCCCGUUAAAAAAAUGUAUAAUUGUUCAUUUUUUUAGAAACUUUUUAUAUCACCUAACUGUUCUUCUGAAUUUCAAUAUGGUCGCAAAAAUUUUUUUUUUAAUUUUAAAUGGUUGAGAGGAGGAAAAAAGUGUAUAGGAAUUUUUUGCUCCUCAAAAUCGAGUCUUUAAUUAUUGUAGUUUCGAAAUUUUCCACAACCUUUUGUAAAUUCAGAACUUGGAAAUUUUCAAAACAUCGGUUUUUUUUCGAUGUCAAAAAUGAUAUUAUAAGUCUACCCUUCUAGGCUUAUUAGACUCUGCAAGGCUCGAAAGUUUGAUCGGUAUUUAAAUAUUCUGACGGCGCGACGCCACACACACAUACGGAAUGGAUAAUUGGUUGCACACUUUGCCCGGAAAUCAUAUUUUUGAAAAGAAAAAACGACGCGAUUCAGAUGUCGCUGAACGUGGUGCCGGACAGCGGCGUCGACCGGAUGCGACGCGAUUUCUGCACGAUCGCGAUAUCGUUCGUCAAGGGUUGGGGCGAUCAAUAUCAUAGGAAAAGCAUCAAGGUGAGGGAGAAGCGGAAGAAAAAGAACUUUGAAAAGAUCAGUGAAAAGAACUUAUUAGUCGAGUUAGUCAAGUGUAUUUCGAAAUUAUCAGCAUUGAUAAUAAUAAUAAGUUAUUAACCCCUAGAGGGUUUAUAAAAUGCAAAAGAGGACAUUUUAGAGUUCAAAUGAACCUUGGAAAAAAAAGAAUCUGGUUCAUUAGCGAAGAGGUAACCCUUUGAAGAAGUUCUAUUUUGAAAACGAAUCAAGAAACAAAGUCAAGCCCAAAAUCCUAAAAGCUCGAGGUUUUAUACUCGGGGAAAAACUGAAAAGCAACUUAGUUUGAAUCUCGAAAAGGUUGAAGGAACAAAAAACCAAAAAAAAAAAACGAAAACGAGAGAUCAAUGGCGGCCUGAAGAGACGCCAGAGAAAUGAAUAUCUCUUUUUCUCUGGCGUCUCUUCUGAUAGUCGUUGAUCUCUCGCUUCAUCUUAGAACUCUCUUUCUUUCUAAAUCAACCUAUAAUUUUCUUCUUAUGAACUCCAGAGUGUUCCCUAUAGGGGCACACUUAGGGGUUCUUAGAUGGUUCGUUAUGGGCCUUAGGGGCUCUUAAAGGGUUCCUUCAUAAGACCACUUUUUGUGGGCUGUUUUCCCUUAGAGACCGCUCUGAAAUUCUUCAAUAAAAAGUUCCAGGAAACCCCGUGUUGGAUCGAGGUCCAACUCCACAGGCCCUUGCAACUGCUCGACCAGGUCUUGAAGUCCAGUGCUCCAAUGUGAAAAACUCCCGAUUUAUAUAAAUAUCUAUACAUAAACCCGCUCCUCACAUUCUUUCUUCACUUUUCCCUACCGGUGUACAUUUCGAUUUACUUUCACCUUGUCCUUCUCUUCCCCCAGUGGCCAUAUGUCCGUGCGAAUAAAUUUCUUUGGAAUGAAUUGAAAACGGCAUUUUGAGCUCAAUUUGGGUGGAUUUUUGAAAAAUGACAGCUUCUAGGUGCAUUGAAGUUGACUGGAAUAAACGGGAAAUUUAUUUUUCUUUUUGAAAAAAAACAGACUUUUUCUUUCUAAUUCUGUAGAAAUUCAACGGAAAUUUAAGAAAAAAUUAAUCUUGUAACCCUUACAAACUUCGAAACCCUAAAGUGAUCCCUGUAGUGUCAACCUUAGGGGGGGCCCUUGAAAGUUCCCCUAUAGGGAGCACUUUUUUGUCCCCUUGAGAGGCUGUUUUUUCCCUAAUCCCUGAAGGGACCACUAUGGCGUUUUUCCCAAGCAGUUCGAAACGAAAAAGUCCUUCUUUCUGUCGAAAAAAAAUCAGAAAAUUUCGAAAUUUUGAAAUUUUUCCCCUUUUCAUAUUGCUCUACGAGCUCUCCGUUUCUCGUAGAAAUUGGUUUAACUACUAAAAAUUUUUUAUUCCUUUUUUUAAAAAUCGGAUUGAGAUCACGCGAAUUGGCUUUUCUACCGUACUUUGCGUGUACCUGGCCGAUUAAAAAACCCAUUUUUCCUGUUUUUAACAUACAAACCCAAUUUCUAACGAUCUGAAUAUUGGUUUUUCAGUACCCGCUGAAUGGAAUAAGUCUGGAAAAAUGGUCGAAAAGCCCAAAUUUUAAUUUCAAGCCUUCAAGGAUUAAAAAUUGCCUGUCUCAAUUUUUCAAUUUUUCCUCUUUGAAAAUGAGAAAAAUUCCAUUUCAACACGCUUCUCAAUCAAGCGAAACCACUCAAAAAGGAAGAAGAGGUCAGUCCCUUUCGGGGUAAAAAAAGGCGAGAAACUGAUCGUCCGUCAUCAAUUUCCCACAAGUCUCAUAACAAUUGGCUCGUCGAACACAGCGCGUAAAAGGCCCCCAGGCGACGACGGUUUUACCCAAAAAUGAGCGGAAAAUAGGAAGGAGUUGCUCCGUCGAGCAGAUUCCAACGACACCCUCGAGAAUUGGCAACAUCGGGCCACGCGGCGGCGGCGGCGACACUUUUGAUUCACUCGAACCACUUCAAAUAUGCAAAUCUCGACGGGCCAACUACAUUUAUUAG